AUGGCGAGUCUUCCAGGAGGACGACCAGGAACUGUGAAAGCCUGGAUCGAGGAGCGUGGGAUGGGCUUCAUUGCUCCGGCCGAUGGGAGUCCUGAUGUUUUCGUGCAUCGCAGCAAUCUCCUGGACGGCAAUGCCUUGGUGAUUGGCUCAGAGGUUGUUUUUGAGCCAGGCUGGGACGACUCCAAAAGCAAACCCAUCGCAGCAAAAUGUUCUGGAGCCACUACAGUCACGACAUUGACUGGCGGAGCUCCAAGAAGGGUUGGAUCUGGACCUCCGCUUACAAACGGGCAGCCCGGCACUGUGAAAGCCUGGCUGGACGAGCGUGGCAUGGGAUUCAUUUCGCCAGCGGAUGGGGGCCCGGAUGUGUUUGUGCACCGGAGUAACUUGCUGGAUGGGAAUUGCCUUUCUGUCGGUGCCCAAGUCAUGUUCGAGGCAGGCUGGGAUGAAAGCAAGGCCAAGCCCAUUGCCAAAGCGGUCAGUGGUGCCGCUAUGGCUCCGACGAUGUCGGGAAAGGGCGGUUGGGGUGCUCCGUCGAUCCCCAACGGGCAGCAUGGAGUGGUCAAGGCUUGGAUUGAGGCGAGAGGCAUGGGAUUCAUUACACCAGCCGACGGCAGUGCAGACGUUUUCGUCCAUCGGAGCAAUCUAGUAGAUGGCGAUGCGCUGAUUGUUGGAGCUCCAGUCGUCUUCGAAGCUGGUUUCGAUCCGCAGAAGGGCAAGCCCAUAGCGAAGGUGUGCGCAGGCGCUACGCAAGGUGCAGCCAUGGGCUUCGGUGGCCCCGCGAGUGCAGGUAAAGGCAGCCAGGGACAUGCCAACGGUCCCGAGCCGAUGACUGGGGUCAUGAAGGUCUGGUUUGCGGACAAGGGCUUCGGUUUCAUAACACUGGACAAUGGGAUGGGCGAUGCGUUCGUCGGCAGCAGCGCCAUUCCGGCAGGCAUGGUCCCUCUUGACGGUAUGCCGGUUGUCUUCACGGCAUCGUGGAAUCCAGAGAAGCAGAAGUUCACAGCUCUGGAGAUCCUUCCGGACGCCAAAGGCAAGGGCAAGGGAUCAAGCGCAGCAAGCGUGAGCGGGGAGCUUCCAUGUGACAACUGCUUCGUCACUGGCCUUCCGCUAGACAUGAACGAGGAGAAGCUUCAGAAUCUCUUCGGCACCUACGGAAAUGUGGUUAGCUGCAAGGUGCUCCCAGGGGAGGGCCGACCGGACAGGGCUGCCUUGGUCCGCUUCGCCACCGUCGACGAAGCCGCUUGGGUCGUCGAGAACGUGAGUGGCACACGCCCCCCCGGGCUCGAGACCCCGGUGAGCGUUCGAUAUGCGGCUUCGAAAUCUCAUGGCUCGAGCAGUCAAAUCUUUCAGGGUCCAG